AUGGGGUUCGUUUACCGGAUCGCGAGCCCGUCGGAGUACCUGGCGAUCACUGGGUACGGCAUCAACGACGUGAAGCUGGCGAAGAAGGCGUGGAUCGCGCCGGGGCAGCGCUGCACGCGCUUCGACAUCUCCCCCGUGAACUACACGUUCGAGGUGCAGGCCAUGAGCGCCGAGAAGCUGCCCUUCAUCCUGCCCGCCGUCAUCGGGCCCCGCGCCGACGACGAGGAGUGCCUCCUCCGCUACGCCAAGCUCAUCUCCCCGCACGACAAGCUCUCGCACCACGUGAACGAGCUGGUGAAGGGCGUGAUCGAGGGCGAGACCCGCGUGCUGGCGGCGUCCAUGACCAUGGAGGAGAUCUUCCGUGGCACCAAGUCGUUCAAGCAGGCCGUGUUCGAGAACGUGCAGCUGGAGCUCAACCAGUUCGGCCUCAUCAUCUACAACGCCAACGUGAAGCAGCUCGUCGACGUGCCGGGCCACGAGUACUUCUCCUACCUGGGCCAGAAGACGCAGCAGGAGGCGGUGAACCAGGCCAAGGUGGACGUCGCCGAGGCGAGGAUGAAGGGCGAGGUCGGCGCCAAGGAGCGGGACGGCACCACGCGCCAGAACGCCGCCAAGGUGGACGCCGAGACCAAGGUGUACACGGUGAAGCGGCAGGGCGAGGGCGCCAAGGAGGAGGCCAGGGUCAAGGCCGAGGUGAAGGUGUUCGAGAACGAGAGGGAGGCCGAGGUGGCGGCCGCCAACUCGGAGCUCGCCAUGAAGAAGGCCGGGUGGGACCAGCAGGCACGGGUGGCUGAGGUCGAGGCGGCCAAGGCGGUGGCCAUUAGGGACGCCGAACUGCAGGUGGAGGUGGAGCGCCGGAACGCGGCUAGGCAGACGGAGAAGCUCAAGGCCGAACACCUCAGCAAGGCCGUCGUUGACUACGAGAUGAAGGUUCAACAAGCAAACUGGGAGCUGUACAACAGGCAGAAGGCCGCGGAGGCGCGGCUGUUCGAGCAGGAGAAGGAGGCGGAGGCACGCCGGGCGGCCGCCGAAGCGGCCUUCUUCGCGCGGCAGCGCGAGGCCGAGGCGGAGCUGUACGCGAAGCAGAAGGAGGCCGAGGGGCUGGCGGCCAUGGGUCAGGCCCAGAGCGCCUACCUCUCCGCCAUGCUCGGCGCGCUGGGCGGCAGCUACGGCGCGCUGCGGGACUACCUCAUGAUCAGCUCGGGCGUGUACCAGGAGAUGGCCCGCAUCAACGCUGACGCCAUCAAGGGGCUCGAGCCCAAGAUCAGCGUGUGGAGCAGUGGCGCCAGCGGAGAGGUCGGCGAUGCCAGCGGCAGCGGCGGCGCGAUGAAGGAGAUGGCUGGUGUGUAUAAGAUGCUGCCGCCGCUGCUGACCACGGUGCACGGGCAGACCGGGAUGCUGCCGCCUGCGUGGAUGGGCACUCUGACGGACCGCCCGUAG